UUUAUAACGCCUUUAGAGAACUUUUAUGGAAGUUUUAGUCAGUUUUUGUAGAUACCAUGUAUUUUAUGUUAUUGUUAGUAACAUUUUGCAAGCUUACUCUAUCUGAACAAAGACUUCCAAAAAUUAUGAUAUUAUCAUAAACGAAGUAAUAUAUCGUAUAUAUGUUCAAGGAAUUACCAUAACUUUUAUAUUGGCAAACCCUAUAACACAAAAAUUAUGAAAAAAAUUACAUAUAAAGAAACAAUCUUCUAAAUACCAUUAAUAAAGGGUAAAAUGACUAAAUUACUUCAUAUUCUAUAAUUUUAUUUUAAAUACCCUCCUAAAUAAUAAAUUUUAAACCCUAAUCACUAAUUCCCAUCCAAAUAUAAAACAAGAAUAUAUUUUUUAAUUAAUGCUAUUUCAAAAAAAAUAUUUUGUGUACUAUUUUUUGAACAAAUAAGUAAUUUAGUGUUAUCUAGUGUUUUCCUUUUUUUUUUAAUCUCAGUUUUCAAAUGAUAUUUCUCUGUCUGCGUUCCAUGAAUUGGAAAUCUGACUGAAAUAAAAUUCCUUUCCACAUACAAAUAACAAAUACAUCAAAUAUAAAUUCCUUUUACGUUACCGCGGUGGCCUUGAGUGUUAAGUAUACUUGUAUGAUUUCACCUUUCACUUCACAUUUCAGCUACUCUUUUAGAUUCUCCCUUUCCGCUAUUUUUUUUUUCCAAAAAAAAAAAUGAUUCAUCUAAGAAAAGUGCCAAAAUACAUUGUAACUCUCAGCUUAUUACUACCAGUUGCCUUGCUCCUAAUAUUCUUAUCAACCGUCGUUUCAUCUCAUUCACCAACCCUCCACAAAACGCAGCAUCUUACAUCCUCCGGUAACACCACCGACCUCCUCGUCGCCACUUUAAAUCAAACCAUCUCCAAGGUCAAUCUUUCUUCCUCAAACUUCUCCGAGCUCCAAACGAGUCUCGGCUCAAACCUAACACAUCGCGACCGUUGCGCGUUUGGUGACUGUCUCGAGCUACUCGAUGACACCGUCUUAGAUCUUAUCGCCGCUGUCUCGGAGCUCCAGUCUCCUUACCCGGUGUUCAACAGCGUCAGUAUGUUGCUCAGCGCCGCUAUGACGAAUACACGAACGUGUCUUGAUGGCUUUGCUUCUAGCGACGACGACGAGGACGAGAAUACUUAUGGCAAUAGUAAAACGUAUGGACUUGCUGAGAGCAUGAGGGAGAGUCUUUACAAUAUCUCUAGACAUGUCAGGGAAUCACUAGCUAUGCUUGAGAAUAUUCCGGGGAAAUUAGAGAAUGAUGUUGGGUUUCCGACGUGGGUCGACCGGAAACUCCUUCAGGAUCCGACAGAUGAGACUAAGAUUGAUCUGGUGGUGUCUCGAAAUGGUACUGGAAACUUCACAACCAUUGGAGAGGCCGUGUCGGCCGCUCCCAACUUGAGCGAGACCAGAUUUGUGAUAUAUAUAAAGUGUGGAGUAUAUUUCGAAAACAUUGAAAUACCGAGGGAGAAAACGACGAUAAUGUUCCUCGGAGACGGAAUCGGACAGACAGUAAUAAAAGCUAACCGCAGCGGCGCAGAUGGAUGGACAGCAUUUAACUCUGCUACUGUGGGCGUAAGAGGUAGUGGUUUCAUAGCUAAGGACAUAUCAUUCGUGAACGAUGCUGGACCGACCAAGCACCAGGCUGUGGCGUUGCGUAGCGGGUCUGACCUCUCUGCUUUCUACCGAUGCAGCUUUGAAAGUUACCAAGACACCAUUUACGUCCACUCACACAAACAGUUCUAUAGAGAAUGCAAUAUAUAUGGCACGGUCGAUUUCAUAUUUGGUGACGCAGCGGCUGUGUUCCAGAACUGUAGUCUCUAUGCUCGUAGGCCAAACCCUAACCAGAGAAUCACAUAUACUGCUCAAGGUCGAGAAGAUCCUCGUCAACCCACGGGUAUUUCUAUAAUAAACUGCAAGAUCUUGGCUGCUCCCGAUUUGGUCCCUGUGAAGACUGACUUCAAAGCAUACUUAGGUCGUCCAUGGCAAUUAUAUUCUAGAACGGUUAUUAUAAAAUCGUUUAUUGAUGAUUUGGUUGAUCCUGCUGGAUGGUUGCAAUGGAAAGACGAUUUUGCUCUUGACACUUUAUAUUAUGGAGAGUAUAUGAAUGAAGGCCCCGGUUCGAACAUGACAAACCGGGUCAAAUGGCCCGGUUUUAAGCGUAUCGAAACCGCAGUGGAAGCAACUCAGUUCACUGUCGGUCCGUUUAUUGAUGGUAACAAAUGGCUUAACUCUACAGGAAUUCCUUUUACUCUUGAUCUCUAAGCUUGAUCUUAUAUAUAGAAAUCUUGCAAUAAUAU